CUCCCGCGUCGGUCUCUCUGUGGGUGCGUCACUGCUUCUAUUUCUUUCUCCGCUUUCGAGAGGUUUCAGGGAGACCUCUGUCUCGUGCUCGUAGAUGCCGGAAAAGGACGCCGGCCUCUCUGCUGGAAGGCGACGGCCAACGAAAUGGACCGGAUUUUCCCCCGACAGGAAGGAACGCAGGAAAGAAACUAAACUGUUUCUCUCUGCUUCCUUCGAGAUGUCGCCACCAGCCUCCAACUCCGAGAGCAACCGCUGCUCGACCCCGUGCUCUCGCUCUCCUUCUUCUUUUUCUUCUUUUUCUUCUACUUUUUCUUCUUCUUCUUUUUCUUCUUCUCGUCGUCGCUUCUCUCACUCACCGAGAGCAGCUUUGGACAGCCUCUGGUGCGGGAGACAGAAGGUGAGAGGGCACAGGGUUGCCUGUUGAUCUCCCGCUGGAGUUUUUCCGCCGCUUCUUCUCGGUUCUUUCCCGUCUGCGAUUCUCCGUCGACGUUUCUAGAAAAGAGCCACCAGUCUUCUUUUCUUCUUCUCGCCUUCUCUUUUUCUCGUCUUCUCGUUUCCUCAUCAUCAUCUUUGUCUUCUCUGAAGCAUCUCUAUUUUGCUUGGGGAAGUCGUGAAAGGCCCCGCCACUUCGGGGCGGCUCGGCUGUAUGUACACCUGGACCGGGAGAGCCGCGUGUAGCGAGCUCCGUCUGUUUCGAGGUCUCCCGAGACGAGGCAGGAGGAUGCGAGCCGGGAGAAACUUUGAGAGAGAUCUGGGUCAUUUCGCGUCUGUUUUCGUCCACCUGUUGAGGCUAGAGACAGAACUGGGAAUGCCGUAAUUACUUAUCUUUACCUGUCUGUGCUCUUCGACGCUUCCUCCCUUCUGCGUCGUUGCCUCCUCUCUCUCUUGUCCUCUCCACUUCUUUCUCUCUACUCUUUCUCUGUGUGCGGUUCUGCUCUUCUCUGUCUCAACACAGCACUGUUGUCGUUACGAAAUUCCUUUUCUUCUCCCCUCCGCUGCGCCGUUCCGUGGACCUGCGACAGCCCCCCUCUUCUUCUUCUUCUUCUCUCUUCUCUCUCUCUUCUUCCUCUCUUCUCUCUUCUCGCUUUCGUCUCGUUUCUCGCUUUUUCGCGAUGCCUGUGUCGUCUCUCGCAUGCGUGUUGGGCGAGGAAGGCCCUGCGGCGCAGACAGCUCGGCUGCUGCUCUGCCUUCUCGGAUUCGGUUUGCUGUUUCGUUUCUCUCUCCACCGGCGGCUCGCCGCCACCCUCGCCUCUCUGCUGCAUCCCCGGCCGCGCCACUAUGUGCGGGCGCAUCUCUCCGGCUGCUCCGCUCUUCGGCCUUCGCCGUCGGUACAAGCGAAAAGCUCUUUCUCUCUUCUCCAGCGCGACGGCGCCAGCGCGCUCGCUCGCCUCUUCAACUUCUUCGCAGGCUCUCCGGCAAAACGCCGCCUGCGUCCGCGGAGAAGCGACGCGCGCAGGGGACAUCUCCCCAUGACGCUCGUCAUCGACCUCGACGAGACUCUCGUCCUAGCCACGAAAAGCCGGCUUUGUCCGGGGCAGCUUGCAGUUGACGUGUUGAUACAGGGGAAGCUGUCGACUUUCUACGUGGCGAAACGACCCUUUGCAGACGUUUUUCUUGCCGAGCUGUUUCCUCUCUUCCGAAUCGUCAUCUUCACGGCGGGGCGCCACGAGUACGCAAACGCCCUGCUCGAUAGCCUGGAUCUGCAGGCCUAUGUCGAUCGCUGUCUAACCAGAGAAGACUGCCGAGUGGUUGGUCCGAAUCUCUACGCAAAAGAUCUGCAGAGAGUCUGCAGCGAUCUCUCGAAAACGGUGCUCAUCGACGACUCUCCUGUCGCGGCUCUCUACUUCCCAGAUAACUACAUUCCCAUAGAGGGCUGGUGUGGCAACGCAGCAGACACUGCACUCGUGGAUCUCCUCCCCCUCUUGCUUGCCCUCUGCUCUGUCAAAGACGUCCGAGCCGUCCUUCACCUCCGCCACAGAGGGAUCCCCGAACAGCGACGUGCGUCCUGGCGAUCCAGCGACAGUCUGCCUCCUCCUUCCUCUUGCGGUGGACUUCGUCGCUUUCUCUCUGCUUCUUCUCUUGGACUCUCCCUCCGCAACGACAGCGACUCUGCUCUCUCGACCUCCUCUCCUUCUUCUCCUUCUUCUCCCUCGUUUUCUCCCUCGUUUUCUCCCUCUUCCUCGUCUUCUUCCUCGUCUUCUUCUUCUUCUCCCCUUGCACAGCAGCCACCGACUGUGUCGGCGUCGGUGCUCGCUGCAUGCAGGUCGACGAUGAGGGCAGGGCUCGUCUCGGGCGUCUACGCGCCUCUGCAGCACGUUCAGGUGUCUCUACACCAGCGCAUGCGGUGUCUCGCACAGGGUGUUCAGGUCUGCGUGAGCCAGAGCCGGUGCUCCGGAGGAGCAAGGAGGACCGAGGAGAGCGAGGCCGCAGAGCGAGGACUCGAGGGAGGCCCUGAGGGAGGCGACAGGGGGGAGAAGUUGGACGAGGCGAAGACGCUGAAAAGGAAGAGGAAGAUCAAGGAGGAAGAGAGUGCUUGAGAAUGCAAGACACACCCCACGGUGCCUUCAAGAAGAAGAUGGAGUUCCCACAGAGGGCGCAUUGGAGACGAGAGGGAGAUCAGAGUUUCCAUUGCCACAGAAGGCAGAGCUCCGUGAAGCAGCCGACAGGACAUUGAGGACGAAGCAGGUGCAGAACGCAGAGAGAAGAAGCGGCGAGGCAGACUUUGCGAGAGAGGCCAUGCACAGAGAAGAGACAACGCACCGAGCAGGUGAAAAAGGGAGAGAGGUGGAGACGAAAAACGCCUCGAAAGGAAAGAACGCAGGUGGUGCAGGGAGUCCUGCAAGAAGAGAAGGAGAUUCUAAGAGAGAAUGCUCAUUUUUUUCGGACUUUUUGCCUUGGCGGGAUAGACAGGCCGUGGGGCCUGCCUCUCUGUGUGCGAUUCUUGUCUUCCCUCGGUCGCUCUUUUAUCUCCUCUCUUUUGCCAGAUAGUCUUCUUUCGUCUUUCACAUUUUCCAGCCCAUUUUCUCGUCCUCUCUUUCUGGGUCGCUUUGGCUGUUUUUUCGAUUUUAAAACGGCCUGCGGACUUUGCAUGCGCUGGUUUUCCUCAUGAGACCAGCGGAGCGCGACGCAGCCGUGCUGUCUGCUGUGGUAAUCUUCCAGCUUUCAUUUUUCAAGAGUCGUCGAAAGAGAAAGUCUUCCUUUCUGACGCGUGACUUUUGCUUUGGAGACGGAAAUGCAGAAUAAAACUUGCUGUGUCCUCUAGAAGAGAGGUCUUCGGCGAAAGCUGUUGAGCAUGCCGUCCCCGUGUACUGGUGUACUAACACCUGGCGCUCCACUCUCCUCCGGUGCUAAAAAGUAGACGCAGAGAGAGAGAAGAAAACGAAAAGGAGGGAAGACAGGAGAGGAGAGAGGACAGGAGAGGAAACCGAAGGACACAGAGGACAUAAGACAGGAGAGAAGGGAGAGGCCGAGAUUAGGCGAAGGCUCAGAGACUUGCAGGGGAGAGGAGAAGUGGAGGGAAGGAGAGAGCGUAGAAUGGAGAAUGUGAGAAGAAACAAAGCGAGAAGGAAACCACCGCGAAGAAAGAAGACGAGAAGGGAGAAAGGACGAGGGAAGAACGAAGUGUGAGUUCGAAGAGAUAGAGGAGAAUACGCACGACAAGAGAGAGAGAAGCUGAUGAGAGAGAGAGAGAGGAGACGUUGAAAAAAAGCGUCUUAAGAGCGAGGUUCUCUUGGGGAUGCUGCAUGGUUUGUGAAGAGGAUGGAUACUUCAUACUUCGGAAACCGUUUUGUGCAUAAAGACUUUUGUUUUCUUUUUCUUUGCUGUCAUAGGGGAAAUUCAGUGGCCAUGCGUCGCAUGCAUGCCUUCCCCUCUCUCUUCCUUUGUUCUUUUUUCUCCUCUCCUCUCUGUUUCUUCGUCUCUUUUUUUGUCCUCACACAAUUGCUCCAGACAAAUCGCUCGAGGGGGGAUCUCCUGUUGUGUCGUUCGGUGUAUCUGAUGCGUUUGGGGGUUUCGGAGUUGAUUUUUAAAGUAAAGAAAGCGACGGCAAGCAGAGAAGAAGCCUGCACAAGUAGAAAGCGGGGAGAGGAGGCUGUACGGAAUCUGGAAAAGCGGCUUCCCCAGAGUGAGCGACGGAGACACCAUCGCCCCCUUGCCUCGUCCCUUGCCCUACAGAUGCAGGGAGAUCAGCACAGAAGUAAACGGGCAGAAAGAGAGAUUAGGAGAGCAGGGAGAGAGCGAGAGCAGAGGGAGAUUAGGAAACAGAAGAGAUCAAGAGGAGAGACUGUAGAAGAGGAGAGAAAGAGACAAGUUGAGUGAGGACGGAGGAGGGACAUCGACACGAGCGACAGGGAGAAGAGAACUUCAGUAGAGAGAAAAAAGUGAAAAUCAGAGAGAGAGGCUAGACGAGAAGAGAGAGAAAGUGACUACAGCAGUCAAGAGCGAGCAUCGACGAGGAGAGAAAGAGGUUUUCGGAUCAUCGUCCGACUUUUUUCAGCCUUCGCAUGCGAACCUCCUUCUUCGUCGCUCCCGUUCUUCGUUUCUCCUUUCCCCGAACGGUGCAAUUCUAUUGACCGAGAAGGGAUGUUGCCGUUUGGCAUGGAAAAACAGAAACUUCAGAGAAAAGAGAACCUCUUCUGGCGCCUCACCUGUGUGUGAGCUACGCUGCAGGCCUUGAAACUUCUGUGCUGAGGUGCACUUUGCUCUUUCUUUCUUCUUCCACUGCCGUCAAA